AAUUCGCAUGGAAUAUUGGAUCUCUCGUUCUGACCCAACCUCACAAUACGCAACAUGUCGUGUCGACUGAGAGAUGAAUAGAAGGUCCCAUAGUCACCUCUUACUCGAGCGCAUCUGCGCAAUACCCAACUUUGCUCGACAGGUCGAAUGUGUUCGAAACGAACCGAGUUAGUCGUAAACCGCAGUGUGUAUUUAUUUUUAUUAAAAUCAUAAAAGUGAAAAUAUUUAAAAUUUUUGUUAUGAGCGAGUAAUUGACGUGAAUUAAUUUCUGAAGUAUACGAAUGACAAAAUAAGAAAAAGUUGGAUCCACAUGGAUACAAAAUACAAAUUUAUUAAAAAUUUACAACUUGUUCAUAAACGAUUUAUACAUGUGUACCCACAUUAAAUAUUAGGAAUUUGGAAUUAAAUAUCGGAUGUCUUUUGCAAACAAAUUCAUCACAAACUUAAUUUACCGCGCACUCAAUUGAAUGUUUGGUGCAAAUAUAUUAAUUUACAUAUACAUAUAUAAAACACAUACAUAUAAAUUAAUGCGUUUGUAUGGACGAACAAAUACGUACUUGUCUAUGGAUGUAAAAACCUUGAAUAUUUUCGCUGGGUUGUUGGAUCUAUUUAACCAAAGAGACUAGACAACAGCUGAUGCUUUUGGAAAUACUAAAAAGCAAAAAUGGUCUUUUAACGGAAGGAUACAUAUGUCCUAAAAUUACAAUUUUACCAUUUGAACAUAAGCAAAAAGGCCACAAAAGUGCACCACAGGAUCGACUGAAGAACUUCAAGCAAGAAACCAGUGUAGAUUUUUUUACAUUAAAAUAAAGAUAAAUCAAAAGACAUUUAAUAAUGUCUGAUAUGGAAAGCGGAGAUGAGGGAAUCUCAGGAUCAAAGUACAAUAUGGGAAAUAUGGAAGGAUCACAUAGAAACGACUUUGACACUACCAGCAAAGUUGGCACUGGUGUGGAGCAAGAACUUGCUACUAAAAUGCUUCAAAUACAAUCUAAACGGUUUUAUCUUGAUGUCAAACAAAACCGAAGAGGACGUUUUAUAAAGGUUGCCGAGAUAGGUGCGGAUGGCAGACGAAGUCAAAUUUAUUUAGCACUUUCAACUGCAGCUGAGUUUCGAGAUCAUUUAUCAUCAUUUAGUGAUUACUACGCAUCUCUAGGCCCUCCGAACACUGACAAUUUACCUGAAGAUGGUAAACUAAAAUCUGAAAUGAUGAUAAAGGAUUAUAGAAGAUAUUAUUUGGACUUAAAGGAAAAUGCCCGCGGACGAUUUCUUCGGGUCUCACAAACUAUAACUAGAGGAGGCCCUAGGUCUCAAAUCGCCCUUCCAGCGCAGGGCAUGAUCGAGUUUCGUGACGCAUUAACCGAUUUGUUAGAGGAAUUUGGGGCUAACGAUGGAGGAUUCAAAGGGGACCUACCAGAAGAGCGGCAUAUGAAAGUGGAUAAUAAAAACUUUUAUUUUGAUAUUGGUCAAAAUAACCGAGGAGUUUAUAUGAGAAUAAGUGAAGUAAAAAAUAAUUUUCGAACAUCGAUAACUAUACCGGAUAAGUGCUGGAUUCGCUUUCGAGAUAUUUUUAACGAUUAUUGUGACAAAAUGAAAAAAUCGUCCGACUCUAAUACUGCCGAUAUUAAUUUACCGACAACCUCAAAUAGUCUUAAAUAAAUGAUAAAUGAAUUAAUAUAGAAUCAGACAAAGCUAGGUCUAAGCAAGAUCAUUUAGCAAAUGACCAGCUAAAUUGUAAUGCGUAUAUAAUUAUUUAAAACCCCAAAAAAAAGCCUAAUAAAAUAUCCAUAAAAUAUUAUAUAGUAGUAUUUGAGAAAAUACACAUUGGCCAUUUAAAUAAAGAUUUUAUAAAAUCAAUAAUUCUAAUGUAGAAAUAAAAUAAUUUUUAGGAAUUUAUACGUGCAUAUGAAUAUCAUUACCAAAUCCGAAUGUAUUUUUAUUUUCCGUUUCCUGUUAUACGAAAUUUCAAAUUAUAAUGUAGGUGAUAUUAAUGUAUUGUAGGAGCAUAUUAUAAUUAUAUCCUUGCAGAGGAUAUUAUAAUUUUGGUCAAAAGUGUGCAACGCAGUGAAGGAGACAUCUCCGACCCUAUAAAGGAUCGCUUCCUGAGUCGAUAUGAGCAUGUCCGUCUGUCCGUCUGUCCGUUUCUACGCAAACUAGUCUCUCAGUUUUAAAGCUAUCAAGUUUAAACUUUGCACACACCCUUCUUUCCUUUGCAGGCAGUAUAUAAGUCGGAAUGGCCGGGAUCGGUCGACUAUAUCCUAUAGCUUCCAUAUAACUGAUUGAUCGGAAAUUCCAUAACUUCGUUGUUUUUCAAGUUAGAAGGAUGGGACUUUCUAUGCUUUCUAACUUGGGCAAACUUAUACGAUCUGCCAAAUUUCGUAAGGAUCGGCCGUCUAUAUCCUCUAGCUGCCAUAUAACUGAUUGAUCGGAAAUGCCAUAACUUAGUUGUUUUUCAAGUUAGAGGGAUGGGAGUUUCAGUGGAUUCCUCUUUGGGCUAAAUAAUUCGAUAUGCCAUAUUUCAUAAGGAUCGGCCAACUAUAUACGAUCCGCUAUAUAUCUAACAAUAUAAGAUGCGUGGCGCCACCUAGCGGACUGCGACUCAACUGCAAGGGUAUAAAAACUUCGGCUCCGCCCGAAGUUAGCUUUCCUUUUUUUUUUUUGUUAAAAGUGUUCAACGUAGUGAAGGAGAUGUCAAGAAUAUAUAUUCUUGAUCAAGAUCAGCAGGGCAUCCAAAGUAGGAAUCCGACAGUCUGCCCGAUAGUUUGUGUGCCAGUCAUUCUGUUUCUACGCGAACUAUUUUCUAAGUUUGGAAGACUUCUUUUCUUUGCACGCAGUAUAUAAAUCGGACGACUACAUCCUAAAGCUCCUAUAUAACUGAAAAAUCGGAUAUGAUACAAAUUUAGAGCCUUUAUAGAUAUGGGGUUGGAACUCUUAAGGAUCGGCUCGUAUAUAAAUUGUUUAAUAUAAACUGUCACCUUACUGCAAUGUUAUAUCUAUACCUUGUUUAUUUUUUUUGUGUAAUAAUUAGGAGAACACUAAUAAGUUCAAAAGACAGUGAACAAAUAAGAAAGCUUUUAAGAAAUUCAUAAAUGUUAAACAAAUGUUUUUUCAACAUGUUUCACGGAUUUCAUAAUUACUAUUUAUAGCUUCUAGAUUUAUGAAGAAUAUUAAAAAGUAUAUAACUCUUACAAGCGUUUUUAAAACCAAAUUUCAAUGUGAUCACCUAGAUUAAUGAGUCUUACAAAGUACGAUGAAAUGCAUAGCAAAUUAUAACAUACAAAAAUUCGUUAAAUAGACACAUACCAGUUGAAUGUCCCAAAGAUUUAUGGUUGCAUGUAAUGUAGCAUAAUAAAUUAGUUUUAAUUACAUGUUAAGAAAUACAAAUUGUAUGUUAUUUUAAUAAGCUUAAAUGAAAAGACAAAAGAAUUAAAAUAAAACAUAACAAAUUUGGAUUUCAAACUGGAUAAAACAUUAAAAUAUACAAAAAAAAUAAUGUCAAUAAAUGUUUUGGCUUGUGAGAUUAACUCUAAAUGCGAAAAAGUCCUACAUUUUAGUUGGGGUUGCUCUGACUACAUACACGCAGUUCUUAUAUUUACCUGGUAAGUUUAAAAAACUAAAAGAUAGAGUCAUAUAAAGCAGAGAAUUAUCUUCAAUGUUGUUCAAAAACAUUAAAUAUUUUAUAUUUUAAGAGUUUUGUGAAAUUAAUAUCAAAAUAAAGUUGAAUUUAAUGUAAUUAAAGCAAGUUUUAAAUUAUGUUUUAUUAAAAGUUUAUUAAACCUGA